UUUAAACACGCUUGCUUAGACAACGACUUAUUUCUUAAUAUAUUUUCAGAUAGAUUAUUCAGUUGAUUUGGAUAUAAGGAUGAAUAGCUCAAUUCAAUCACUUAUAGGUAUAUUCAUUAUCUUGAUAAAAGCCGAUUCCUGCGUCUCUACGUCGAGUUGUUUUGCAAACUGCGCAUCAUGUUCAAAUUCAAACGAAUGCGCAUCUUGUGACUCGGGAUACUACUUAUCGUCAGCUGGUGAAUGUAGAGCGUGCACGUACGUAGGAACGAACUGUGUUACUUGCAGUGAUGAAACGCAUUGUAACGAAUGUAGGCCAGGUUUCUGGGGCACUACUUGUGAAUCUUUUUGUUUUGACGGUUGUAACACAGAAACGUGUAACUCGUUUGAUGGAGCAUGUACAUGUAAACAAGGUUUUUAUGGACAUACAUGCAAAUUUAAGUGUUCGGAAAAAUGCGUAACAGACACAUGUGGGACUAAUGGUGAAUGUGAGUGCAAAGACGGGUUUUAUGGAGAUCAGUGUAAUGGAAACUGUUUUUCUGAUUGUGAGAAAUGCUCCUAUGGCACAUCUUGUUCUAUGUGCCCCACUGGAAGAUACGGAGAACUGUGUGGGUUGCAGUGUGAAUGCGAUGGGAGAUGCGAUAUUCUCACAGGUGAUUGUACAAUUGAAACGUGUCCUGAUACGUGUGCAUCAUGUAGGGAAAGUGUUCAAUGCAACGGGUGCACUGUCGGUUGGUAUGGUGCACGAUGUAACAACACUUGCUCAGCUAAUUGUAAAGGGGGUUGUGAGCAAUAUUCCGGACAUUGCAAUGAAUGCUUUACCGGCUACUUCGGAACACAAUGUGAUACUCGAUGCAUUCACUGUCGUAACGGAGACUGCACUCGAAAGGGGGAGUGUAUUUCGUGUCAUAAUGGCAACUAUGGGCAACUGUGUAAUAAGACAUGUUCUGAGGACUGUCUUGGCAAUACUUGCAACCAAAUAGAUGGGGCAUGUCAGCUGCCGGAUCAGUGCCCUGGUAAUUGUGUCAGAUGUACGGACAACGUUACCUGCACUGGGUGCAAAGAACUAACAGUUCAUGGACCGUUUUGUAAUAUUACUUGCAGUAAUAACUGUAAAGUUGGGAAAUGUUCUCAAGAAAACGGUUAUUGUACAAAUGGAUGUAUCCCUAAUCAUUAUGGUUCAAUGUGUGAUAGCAUCUGCUCAGAGUACUGUGUGAAUACGACAGCAGAAUCUAAAUGUGACUUGUUUGGAAAGUGUUUAAGUGGGUGUCUUAAUGGUUUCAUAGGCGAUACAUGUUUGCUAGUGAAAGGGACAGACAAUAUGUUGGCAGCUGCUAUUGUUGGAGCAGUCGUAGGGAUGUUGGUGUUGGUUGUGGUCAUAGUCCUGAUUGUUGUCCUGAAAAGGAGAAGAAAAAGCAAACCCUAUGAAGAUCGAAGUGAAGAAAUUGAUAAUGAAUACCACUCAAUUGAGCCUUUUCACGGAGGGAAGCAAGGUUCCACGAACAUAUCAACCACACGUUUAGAAGAAACUUCGAACGUUAGCUACAGCCAUGUUUCGGACAGAAUAAUACUCGGUGGUGGCUUAGAAACAGCAACAGACGAUGAUGAUCUAGAAAUUGAUUUCGACGAAGAGAGUAGGUCCCAGAAAAGGAAACUGACCAAGAAAGUUGAGGAGAACGUUUACUACAUUGGCAUACACGAUAUAGAGCAACGGAAAGUGAAAGUGAAUGAACUGGCGGUUUUUGUGGCUGGAAAGACUUUGGAUUACUAUGAGGAGGAAUUCGAUAAAUUCUCUGACGGCCUCAAAAGGAGCUGCGACGCUGCCAAAUUACCUCAAAACAAGGCAAAAAACAGAUACAAGGGAUUAUAUGCAUAUGAUGCAACAAGGGUGAAAGUGACUGGUUUUGAUACUGAUUACAUCAAUGCUAACUACAUCGAUGGUUUCAAUGAGAGAAAUGCGUACAUUGCUUCGCUUGGUCCAAUGUCAAAACAGAUGAGAGACUUUGGCAUGUUCUGGAAUAUGAUUUGGCAACAGAAGGUGGAGAAGAUCGUCAUGGUUACCAACCUGAUGGAGGAUGGGAAGGAGAAAUGCGAGAAGUACUGGCCCAAUGUUGGGACCACUUUAAACUACAGCGGAGUGAAGGUCACCUGUCAAAGCGAGGAUGAGUAUGCAGAGUUUACGAGAAGAUUGAUGCUCCUAAAAGAUGGCGAAUCUGAGAGGCAGCUGCACCACCAUCACUUCACAGCCUGGCCUGAUAGGGGAAUCCCAGAGGACGUCACAGCGCUGAUUGAGUUCCGACAUAGAGUGAUCCAUUCUCCUGCCCAUCUCGGAGGUCCAACGCUGGUUCAUUGCAGUGCGGGAAUCGGUCGAACAGGGACAUAUAUUGCGUUAGAUAUUCUAACAAAGGAAGGUAAUUCGAACAAGGCCGUUGAGAUUCCAGGAUGCAUCAUCAAUAUGAGACAGAACAGACCAAACAUGGUCCAGACAGCGGAACAGUACGAGUUUCUACACCUUGCACUGGUUCACACCCUGACAUUUGACUGUGAGCAGAUACCAGGAAAACAGUUUCAUGACUACAUGAUCGAGACCAGCAAGGGAAAUCUUAUCAGGCAGUUUAAGAAAAUAACGGACACUCCACACGUUCACACUGACGACGGAAUCCUUGCUAUAGAACGAAACAAGUCUGAGAAAGGAAAGAACAGAAGUGGAGCAGAUAUUCCAGGCGAUGAAUACCGCCCUCGACUUUAUCUGGGAAUAAGACAUGGAGAUUCAGACUAUGUCAACGCUGUCUUUGUUCAUGCGUUUCAGGCGAAACGGAAAUACAUCAUCGCCCAGUCUCCGAUGUCAAAUACUAUUCAGGAUUUCCUUACUUUGGCAUACCAAGAACAUUGCUCCUGCAUUGUCAGCUUUGAGCAAAGCGACGGAAAAGAUAUAGGUGAAUAUUAUCCAGCGGACAAUCAAGAACUCAAGAAAGGUCAACUGUCUAUUUCAUGUGGGAGGGAUAAAGUCAAGAACGAGUACAGUAUCCAGAAAUGGCUAACUAUUGAGUUCAAGGGAAGCACACAGAGUAAAGGUGGCAAAAGCACAUUGCGACACUUUGAGUUUACAGACUGGAACCAGACUGGAAAUGUUCCACGCAGCCCUGCUUACUAUGUUGCAUUUCUGAGAGAUGUCAAAAUGGCAUCGUCCAAUGGGCCUGUGCUUGUCCACUGCAGGGAUGGGGGUAGUAGGAGCGGGCUGUUCUGUGUAAUGGCAUUCCUCUUUGAGAAGAUGGAAGUAGAGCACGAGGUCAAUGUGGUUAACGCCGUAAGGAAGGUCAAGGCCAGGAGACCCAACGCCGUACCCACUCAGGCACAGUUCGACUUCUGCCAUGAUGGUCUUCUGGAGUUCGUCCGUUUGUUUAAAACAUACUCCAAUUAGGCGGAGCUGUAAAAUGUGCCUUUGAAAACAAUACUUAACUAUCUUGACUGCUUAUUCUGUCAUCACUUUGAUGCUUAUUUUUGUUUGAUAUAAAUUGCAUACCAUUAUGUAAAGUACGGGAACGUUCAAGUUUAGCAGUUUCCACGAUAACAAUUUAAACCAAGUUCAUACAGCCAACACAAUAACUUUAUGGCUUUACUAGAAUUUACAAUUCCAACAUUAAGUUCGGCCCCCACUUAUACCUGAACUUAAAUGAUUUUUAUUAACCCUGGACAAAUGGGGACAGCUGAAAUGGUUUAUACUCAAACAAUACUUCUGUGAACAUACCUUCUGCAUAUCUAAUUAUAUAUACACGUAUAUAAGCUUCUACUAUGUUGAACUUAUGUAAAAUCAAACAAAUUGCUUCGUUUGUAUAACAUAUGAACGUUUCGUAUUUGAAUUUUGUUUAGCUGUAGUUAUGCUUCUACCAGUACAGCUUUAUCUGUUACUUCGUUCACAAAUGAGUUAUAUUCAUAAACACGCUCCUGCAUGCAUCAGCCUUAUGCUAAUUCUAUAAAACUAAUCGUGUUGUCUUAAUGUGUUACUUAAUACAAUGUUUAAGAACUUCUGCAACAUGUUGAUGGGUUUAUUCGUAAAUUAGAACAUGAUAAACUGUGUAUAUAUUGAAGAUUUGUGAUACUUUUCUAUCGUCGUUCACAACUACCCAGGACGUGCACACUUUCCGCACAUGGGAAUAAUAAUACGUAAUGUUAAAUCUGAAUGUCUACAAACUGCUGCUUUGUUUCGACUUUUUCUAUAAAUGACAUAUGGCUUUGUGGUAAAAAUGCUUUGAAUGAGUGUUGUACUAAAUAAAAAGCUGAAUAUA